CUUUGCUAUAUGCUUAUUCAUUGGUAGACUGCACCUGUCCCUGUCGCGACGAACUUUUUUCUUUUUGAUCAUCUUCACGGAGUCGUGAUCAAUUUUUUCAUUUUCCUUUUCUUUGAUGGCACGCAUGAUGAUGUACUGCAGAUCCCAUUAUAAGCACCCAUUGAUUUUGGAAGGCCUUCGCCUUUCCGCCCUCUACCUUGUUUAUAAUAAACUUGACGUGUCAAUUUUCGGCUGUACACCUUGCCUGAAGAAGUAGUUCUAUGUCUGCUAUGUAUAACCUCCAUGAUUUGAAAUUUUGUUUUUCGCUCUCGAAUGCUUCUCCAGAGUGGCUUCGCGAAUUUUCAACUUCUGCUACGUGUCAACUAAACCCCACAUCAAAGUCAUGCUCCUUCCCGUCGAUUUCUACUCGCUCGUCGUCUCCUUUGUCGUGGGCCUAAUCGGCCUCUUCGCCGUCUGCUGGAAGUACGCGAAGUUGAAGUAUGGCGUUCUCAAACGUUACAUUCUCAACUGUUACAUGAAUUUGUAAUGCAAAAGCAGUAUCAUCAUCCACACGAUCAAGCUGCUUCGCAUGACAAAUUUGCGAAGAGCUAAACAGCACCUCAAUCUGUGCGAAGUUUGUAAUGCUAAGUGUGCAGCCUCCCCCCUUUGACUUUUGCUAUUCUUGCAUCACAAAUUCGUGUAACAGUUGAGAAUGUAACAGUUGAGAACGCCAUAUGAAGGUGCAGAAGGUCAUCGAAAUCGAGGAUGUCGACCCAGUAUGCAUAGCAAAAGCAUUGUACUAGUACAAAUUGCAUGACAAAUUUUUUCAAGAAGAAAAUUGGAACUUGUAAUGUAGAUUCAGGUAGGAAGCUAAAUUUGUCAUGCAUAUUUGCAAUACAUAGGAGUACGAUACUUUUGCAGUGGAUACCCGGUUAUUGUCGAGACCCUUGUCCGGGAUUUCCAAUAUUGGAAAUACUGGUCCCCCUGGUUCAUCCUGGAUCCCGAGGCGGAAAUCGAGAUAGUGCAAGCAGGCAGCACGACGACGCCUGGGGUCAGCGGGGGCGGGGAAAAAUUGACCUGGAAGGGCCGAAGGAUAGGUAAGUACUAGUACUUAGAUUGGUGUAUGUGUUCUUGUUUUGUAGCAGCGAACAUAAUGAAUUUUUUCCGCUGCAGCUAUACAUAGUAUCUCACCUGCCCGCAAAGGCAAUGAAUAGCAUGACAUAUUUUGAUUUUGUGCCGUCCCAUAGAAAGAAAGGAUAAUCACUCAGGUUCCGGUGCCCUGCGCGAGGUGUACGCCAACACCGACGGGCCGGUGUCUGUCGAAUUCGCAGUCGAGACCUUCACUCCGUUUUCGAUGGACUACCUCUACCGCUUCGCCUUCAUACCGUUGGGGGAGACUUCGACCGGUGGAAGACACGGUACAAAAUCGGGAACCAAAGUGAUUUGGUUCAUGGAGGGCCGGAUGCCCUUCUAUCUUGCCUUUCUGCACGCCCUCGUCUCUGCCGUUUUCGGACUGGAUUUCGACCGGGGACUGAAAUUGCUGAAAGACGCGGCGGUGUCUUGCUCCAGGUCACCGGCGGGAAAGCAGCUGGUGGUAGCGGCAUCCUCGCGAGCACGAACUACACAACAGCUACGUCGUCCCCCGAGCGGACCGUCUUCAGAUAAAGGAAACAAAGGGGACGACAGUGGUAUAGUACUUCCUGAAACGAAGUCCUCCCCGCCCACUACAGCAGGAUCUUUAUCGACAUCAAUGCCUAUGCCCCUUCUCACCCCGACGAUUCCGUGUAAGAUUAGCGACGCGUGCUACGAAGCCUACCCUGGAGGUAAGUGUUUGGUCGGUGUGGAGCUGCAGUGCUAUCUGCCCGACAUUGGCGACGCGCUGAACCUGCUAAUCCCGAAGGUGGAAAGGAAAAUCAGUGAAGUCCUCAGCAUUCCUGGUACUACCCCCACGCUCGCGUACCCAUCGCACGCGACUUUGUAUGAGAAGACAGACCUGGCUUCCGGCAAAAUUCGGUGUGUCGUCGGCGUUUUUUUGAAAGACCAGGUGGCUGGGGUGAAGAAGGUGCAGGAGUACAUAGAUGCUCCUGCAAAUAAAGAUCCAGGAGGAGCUACAGCUAGUACGAUGUCCUCUUCCUCCAGAAAUUAUAAAUCCUCGCGAACAGCAAAGCCACAAAUGCAGCGGGUGAAACUAGACACCGCUGAGCAGAUCGAGGAGGAAGGUUACGUCUGUCCUCCCACCAGCGAGGGACACGUGUUGCUGAAGGACAAGCUACGACCGGUUGCACCGAGAUCCAUAUUAGCAGCGUUCGACACAGAUUUGCUGGUUUUGCGCCAACUUCCGUUCUUUGAGAAAUGCAUGAGCAUGACGCAUCUCGGACCCUACCGCCAUCUCGGCAACGCGUGGAGUCGGGCGCACGCGAUGGCGCGGGUCGGGGAAUUCACCAUGGCGCGAAAAUUCCCGUGCUGGGAAGAGUAUUGCACCGACCCGAGGAAGAGUGACAAGAACUUGAAGGAGGAGGAAAUAAAAACGGUCUUGUACUUUCCGCUGGCGAGCUAGAAGUAAAUCGCUAUAGAAAACUUUUUAACCGCAUCAUGUUCGCGCUUUUCUCCUACUGCAUCGUCAUUUGAAUGGAUGAAAAGUACUUCGUCCACGG